AGGCUGUGAAUACACACACACAGGACAAACGGAUCAGUGACACAGACUUACCAGGGAUCUUUCUACAAACCACUGAGUGAUGUCUAAUCUGAAGGAGUUAUGUGGGGGGCUGCCCCUUGACCCUCUGCCCCCAAAUCGAGGUCGAGACCCCAGUGUACCUCACGCUCCUGUCCGCACGCCCGGUCUGAGGCCUGAAGAGGAACGGCUGGCCCUGCGGAAUGCCCUUCGUUACUUUCCCCCUGCUCUCCAUGCCACUCUAGCUCCAGAAUUUGCUCAAGAACUUCGACAGUAUGGACACAUCUACAUGUACCGAUUCUGCCCCGCCCUACGGAUGAGGGCAUAUCCUAUAGAUCAAUAUCCCUGUCGGACACGACAAGCUGCUGCUAUCAUACUUAUGAUCAUGAACAACCUGGAUCCUGCUGUAGCACAGUUUCCACAGGAGUUGGUCACAUAUGGAGGUAAUGGACAAGUGUUCAGCAACUGGGCACAGUUCUGGCUGGUCCUGCACUAUCUCAGUACUAUGACAGAGGAGCAGACAUUAGUGAUGUACAGUGGUCAUCCGCUAGGCCUUUUCCCCAGUCAGCCCUCUUCUCCUCGCUGUGUCAUCACCAACGGCAUGGUCAUCCCUAACUACUCUUCCAGACAGCAGUACGAGAGAAUGUUUGCCAUGGGUGUUACCAUGUAUGGGCAGAUGACUGCAGGAAGUUACUGUUAUAUUGGUCCUCAGGGCAUUGUCCAUGGCACCCUGCUGACAGUGUUGAAUGCAGGGCGGAGGUAUCUGGGUUCAGGGGACCUGAGAGGUCGUGUGUUUGUGACCUCCGGACUCGGGGGCAUGAGUGGAGCCCAAGCCAAAGCUGCAGUCAUCGCAGGCUGUGUCGGAGUCAUUGCUGAGGUUGAUGAAGCUCCUCUGAAGAAGAGACAUGAGCAGGGCUGGCUGAUGGAGUUCACAAAUGAUCUCAACCACUGCAUCAAACGUAUUAGGGAAGCAAGGAAGAUGAGGAUGGCACUGAGUUUGGGUUACCAUGGCAACAUUGUAGACCUGUGGGAGCGGCUGUUACAAGAAUAUGUGGAGACUGGGGAGUUACUGGUGGAUUUGGGCUCUGAUCAGACGUCCCUACACAAUCCGUUCAGUGGAGGAUAUUACCCUGUCCAGCUCAGCAUGCGGCAGGCCAACCAGCUCAUGAACACAGACCCACAGCGCUUCCACACUAUCGUACACGAAAGUCUGCGUCGACAGGUUAUUGCCAUUAAUAAGCUGUCAGAGGCAGGAAUGUUCUUCUGGGACUAUGGUAAUGCUUUCCUAUUGGAGGCCCAGAGAGCAGGAGCAGAGGUAGAUAAGAGAGGAGGAGGAGACACAGAGUUUAAAUACCCCUCUUAUGUACAACACAUCAUGGGGGAUAUCUUCUCCCUGGGUUUCGGGCCGUUCCGCUGGGUGUGUUCGUCCGGUGACCCUGCUGACCUUGCCCUCACUGAUGACAUUGCCGCCAGCAUUCUGGAGGAGAUCAGCACCGCGGUAACGGAGCGAGUGAGACAACAGUACAAUGACAACAUCCGCUGGAUCAGAGAAGCCGGAAAACACAACAUGGUGGUGGGCUCUCAGGCUCGCAUUCUGUACUCAGACCAGAGAGGAAGAGUAGCUAUCGCUUUGGCGAUAAACAAAGCCAUCGCAGACGGAAGAGUCUCGGCUCCUGUUGUUAUAAGUAGGGACCACCACGAUGUGAGUGGGACAGACAGUCCGUUCAGAGAGACAUCAAAUGUGUACGAUGGCUCAGCUUUCUGUGCAGAUAUGGCAGUGCAGAACUUUGUGGGCGAUGCAUUUCGUGGUGCCACCUGGGUUGCCCUUCACAACGGGGGCGGAGUUGGCUGGGGGGAAGUGAUGAACGGAGGUUUUGGAUUGGUCCUGGAUGGCACUGAGGAGGCGGGACGAAGGGCAAGACUUAUGCUGAACUGGGAUGUGUCCAAUGGGGUUGCUCGGCGGUGCUGGUCUGGUAACUCCAAUGCCUAUGAGACAAUUCAGAGGACGAUGGAGGUGAACACAGAGCUCAGAGUGACAAUGCCUUUCCCUGUGCAGGACGAACACGUACUGGACCGAGCCCUGCAAGGAUAGACACACACACACACAUACACACACACUCUCUCUCUCUCACUCACUCACAAACACGCAUGUGCGCACAACACAGCCUUUUCUUUACAGGACAAAUACACGUUGGAUGAAGUCCUGCACAGAUAGAUACACACACACACACACACACACACACACACAGGCAUGCAUCCAAA